AUGCCUCAAUCAGGUUGGAGAUCAUCUACAAAUUUCGUUAUCUUAGUAGUUUGCGUUGCCGUUUUCACCGAUGUCUUUCUUUAUGGAUUGAUCGUACCUGUUAUGCCAUUUACCCUCUCCAGACGUGUCGGUAUUCCAGAUGAAGAUGUCCAACAGUGGACAUCGGCCUUACUGGCCACGUAUGGUGCUGCUAUUAUACUCGGAUCUUUGCUAUUCGGAUGGCUUGGAGACAAGACAGAAACGAGGCAAACUCCGUUCAUUAUCGGUCUAGUCAUUCUAGGAGGUGGUACCCUCCUGUUCUCCCUCACAGAUUCGCUAUCUUUGAUUGUCAUCGCACGAAUCCUCCAAGGAUGCUCCACAGCUAUCGUCUUCACCAUUGGAUACAGCCUGAUGCUUGAUACAGUCGGGAAUGAAGGAAUAGGCCAUGCAGUCGGCUUUACCAGCAUGAGCAUGAGUCUUGGUCUUUUUGGUGGCCCGAUUAUAGGGGGGCUUUGUAUAUGA